AUGAAAUGCUGCACCUCAGGCAGCUGUAGCAUCUCCAUUCGGACGCAGCCCUCAAGGGGGGUUCCCUUCACAGCGCCAUCCGGCGCCCUAAUACCCAUGGGGCAACCGCCGCCGCGGCCAGUCCGCUCUACCUGGCUGGGGUCGCCUCGCCUAGCUGGACCCAUGGGUCUUUCGUUUGCUGCAGAUGCCAGGGGAAGCGGGGAAGCCGACGGCGAUGCAGCGGAUGAACCUCUUGCCUCCAAAGCGGCGGGAUUGGUGGCGGCCGCGGCGGCGGUCUCCUCUUCCCCAGCAGGUUGCCGAGGCGACGGGGUUGCCGUCGCCUCGGGGCGACGGAGGCGGGAGCCUGGGCUGACGGCCCGCAGGGGUCGCAGCCGUACUGCAGCAGCGGCUGCUGCUGCCGCUGCUGCAACGGAGCAAGUCUCGACGAACACGGCUCCGGCGUCGCCGUCGGCGGCGGGAUCUGAAACUGACGGCCGACAGCAGCAAACCAAUAAAAUUGACGUCAUGGUCAACGACGUGCGUACGGCGGCGGAGGCGACGGCGGAGGCCGCGGACCCACGGUCAGGCAGGGGGGCCGACGAGGAGGGGGACCGGCCAGCAAUAGAAGUAUCAGCAGCAGCAGUAGCGGCGGAAGCGGAGGCGGAGGCGAGUUGCAGUCGUGCACUAACAGAUGGUGGUGACGGCGACGCCAGCGCUGGCAACGGCAAUCUUGCCGUAUUUCGGGGGCCGGAGGCGCUGCCGGUGUCGACGGACGGAUUAGCGGAGGAGGUAGUCGCCGUACCUCCGGCGGGGCAGGUAGGAGGGCAGGCGACGUAUGGCGUCGGCAGCGCUGCCGCCGCCGCUGGCGGCGGGGGCGCUAGGCGGCGGGGGCGGAUGUCGGCCGCAGAACGCGAGGCUCGCCUUCAGGAGCUCUUUGGCGACGUUGACGGAGGCGAUGUGCCGCCGGCAGCAGCGGUUGCAGACGCUGUGUCGGCAGCGGCAAGGACGUCGCGGGGAAGCACAACGACGCCGCCGCCGUCGGCCGACGCUUCCGGAGCAAGUAGUACGACACCGUACGGCACUGCCAACCGCUGGAACGAGCAGCUCCCGCCGGUACCACCGAGCGGUGGCGUCGGCGGGGGCGACGACGUCUUUGCCGGCAUGGCGGAGCUUCUGGAUUUCGGCCCCGUCUACGACAGAGCCGUACCGGAGCGUACGGACGGUGAAGCCCGCGGCGCCAGUCGACUUGGCUUCCCCCCUCACGUGGCGCUCCAUGACCUUGCGAUGGGUUCGGUUUGGCUUGAUGACGUCAGCAGCAUGGAUGACGUCAGCAGCAUUGACGACGAAGCGGGCGCCAGCAGCGGCAGCAGCAGCAGCCCUAGCGGCAACGGUACGACACCGGCGCCGCCGGCGCCAGAUGCUGCCGACCGGCAGGAGCGGCGGAUGGCGACGGAGCCGGCGGCGGUUGUCAUGGAUGGCGGCAUCGACGACAUCCUGGCGUUUGUGGGGAACAGCAGCGUCAGUUGGAGUGAAGGCGACGGCGGCGGUGACCUCAGCGGCGGCGACGGCGCGGCCGCCGCUGCCGCCGCCGCGCCGGCGACGGUCAUCCCCGCCGGCGACGGCGCAGCGCCGAUCUCGUACGAUAUGAUCAGAUGCGAGCCGCAAGACGGCGACUCGGCCGCCAGCGCCGCAAGGCCGCUGGUGGCCUCCACGCGCGACCACACUGCUAUGAUCUCCGGACUUGCGCGCGCCGGGAUUCGAACGCUCGCCUCCAACUAG